CCAUAAAGUCAUAGCGAAGAGGGGUACCUGCCUAAUCUCAUAUGUUACGACACAUGGCACCGACGGGACCACUCGCGGCACUCGCGUUUCUUACUACCGUCACAUUUAGCCGCUGGGCCUCCGCAAUUCAAGUGGCAUCACCACCUCCACCUCGUUCUCUGGUCCGGCCUACGUACGUGCUUGCAUUCUUCGGGGAUAGCUUAACAGAUACCGGGAACACUCUGAGGGUUGCUGGCGUGCCUGACCCGGCCGUGUACUACAAGGGAAGGUAUACGGAUGGGCCGAACUGGGUUGACCGACUAAAGUCCACGUUGGUCAAGAAACACAAGGUUAAGGUGUUCAACUACGCGUACGGAGGCGCCACCGCCUGUCCCAGCCCCUUAAUCAGUGGCACGUACCCGUUCGUUAAGGACUUGUCCAACCAAACGGAGGCCUUCCUAGCCGACCUUAAGAACGGCAGGAUUCCGUACGGAAAGGACGUCAAGACGUUGCCGAUACAGUACAUUGGCAGCAACGAUGUAACGAACACCCUGGGAGCUGCCAUGCUGAGCGGUGCAGCCCUAGACGCCGGCCAGGUGCAGAGCCUGGUUCGCUCCAUCGCAGCCUGCCGCCUGCAGUGGGCCAAGACGCUGUCAGCCGCCGGGAUGAGGGACAUCGUGAUGCUGCCCAUGGUGCCUAUGCACAUGGCACCCAAGGUGCCGGCCGCGUACAAACCGUUGGUUCUUCAGU